CUUCAAUCCUCGGAAGCGCUAAAUUGUCCGGUUGACUUGGCUGGUACUGUCAAACUCCGCCCACCCGCGGGCUGCACUGAGACGCACAACCAAACACCUUUCGGCUGAUUGUCACAGGUGUGCGUUCGGUAAAGUUAGCUUGCGGCUAAAGUGAAUUAUGGGCAGCAGCUUCGUGGAUUAUGCCUUUCCAGCUGGAGAAGAAAGCGACGCCAGCAAUGAUGAGUGGGAUAACUGGCCUUCCGAAAAGCCGUCUGGCAACAAGGAUCCUGAUGCUGUUGUGCCAGAUGCAGCAGAUAAUGUGUCGAUGUUGAAAAGAGCCAUCAGUAAAGGAAACAUUGGGGCUGUUGAACAGCUGUUGGACAAUGGCAUGGAUGUCGAGACCAGGCUUGGCUUUGAAUGGACUCCUCUGAUGUGUGCUGUUAGUGUGGCUAAUUACGACUUGGCCAAAAUGCUAUUGGACAGAGGUGCCAAUGCCAGCUUCAACAAAGAUCAUUGGACGGUGCUCAUGGCCAGCACCACAGCAUCUGCAAGUGAAGACAAAAUUGCUCUCUGUGUGGAGCUUCUGCUAACCAGAAACGCUGAUCCCAACAUGGUGGACAGGUCUCAGUUGACCUGCCUGAUGCUGGCAGCUAGGGAGGGCUACAGUAAAGUCAUCAACUUGCUGGUGUCCCAUGGGGCAGAAAUCAAUGUCCAAGAUAGCAAUGGAUUCACGGCUUUGUCUAUAGCAGUGCAGUAUGGCAGAGUGGAGGCAGUGCUGAAACUCCUCCAGCUGGGAGCAGACAAAACCAUAAGGACCAACACUGGCAAGAGCCCUGCUGACCUGGCUGUGACAUACAAACACACACAGAUCAGCAAGAUCCUGGCCUCUCUAUCUCAAGUCUCUACUCUCGAGGCUUUCAGCUCCAUGGAGGAAACCCUCUCAAAGUUGUUCAAGACCAAUUCUGAACUGGGACCAUCUAGGGAAAGUGUAACCAAGCUUGAUGAACUUGAGCUCCUCCUACACGGCCUCGAUCUCAGCUACCUCACUGACAUCAUGACUGAACAUGACAUCACCUGGAACUACCUGUUGACCAUGGAGAUGGAGGACCUGGAGAAGGUUGGUAUCACAGACCCGGUGGACGUACAGAAGCUGUUGAGCGCUAUACAGCAGAUGCAACUGGACAAAGUGGACCUAGACAAAAUCAGCCAACUGGGAGCUGCGGGCAAUGGGAGUGAGGACCUACAUAACUUCUUGAUAAGUGUCAGGCAGCAGUGCUUCUACCUGACAGAGGCGAUUCAGGAUGUCGUCAGCCGCUUCCCCCGCCAAACCUCUCAGCUGGUCUUCUCACUGGACCCGAAGAAGGAGGCCCUGACAGUCUGCAACCAGCUGCUGGUCCAGACUAAAGACCUGCAGAAGGAAGUCACCUGCCUCCGCAGUCUGCUACACCCGAUGGAUGAGGCUGGAGAUUGCUCUAAGCCUCCUCAACCCGGUUCCCACAGCAACGGGAGGAUGCAGUCCCUGACCAGAGUUGCAUUGAGCACUCUCGGAGCCACACUCCUCCUGCUCCUCUACAAAGCUGCCAGUGGAAAAGUUUACCUGUACAUGAAUGUCUGUUAAAGACUGAGAUUGUGUCAAAUCAGUUAGUUAAUAACAGAGUGUUGAGUGUGUUUUUGAUGACUAUAGGAGAUAAGUUUUAGGUUUAGGUUUUAGGAAGAAGUGUAAUAAAACAGGUAAUUUUUAUUUUUGCUGCAGUAUCACUUGUUUUAUACUUUACUCUAACCUGUCUUUGAGUUUAGUUCUGAAUUCUUUUAAGUUGUUUUAUGAUUUAAGGGUUAAAGUUGAAAAAAUAAAGCUUCUUAAUGCAUAGUCAAAUUAA